AUAUUUGGUACAAGGUAUCUAUCGUCGUUCUGCCGUGAAUUUCAAUCAGAAAGGAAAGAAAAAGAAAGUUGGCGAAGGCAAGAAUCAGAAUAUUCAAUUCUUAUUAUUAUUAGAAAGAAUGGAGGUUUCUCCGGGAGGUUUUAUUACAACCGUGAAACUGCCGAGGGCCACAAGAUUAAAGAAUAAGGCGCCGGCUCCCAUCCAGAUCACCGCGGAGCAGAUUCUCCGGGAAGCCCGGGAGCGGCAAAAAGGAGCAGAUUUUCGCGCACCAAAACAACAAAUCAAUGAUGAUACAGAACUCGACGAAUAUCGCCUUCGAAAGCGAAAGGAAUUUGAAGAUUUAGUUAGCCGGGUGCGCUGGAACAAAAGCGUUUGGGUGAAGUACGCCAACUGGGAGGAAUCACAGAGAGAUUUCAACCGGGCGCGUUCGGUUUGGGAACGAGCCCUCGACCAAGAUCACAGAGAUCACACACUGUGGUUGAAAUAUGCUGAGUUCGAGAUGAAACACAAAUUCGUUAACCACGCUCGCAAUGUUUGGGAUCGAGCCGUGUCGCUUUUGCCUCGCGUUUCUCAGUUCUGGUAUAAGUACGUACAUAUGGAAGAAAUGCUGGGCAAUGUCGCAGGGGCUCGGCGUAUUUUCGAGAGGUGGAUGAAUUGGCAACCGGACCAGCAAGGUUGGCUUUCAUACAUUAAGUUUGAGGUGAGGUAUAACCAGGUAGACAGAGCUCGGGCGAUUUUUGAGAGGUUUGUGGAGUGUCAUCCAAGGGCAGGUUCUUGGAUUAGGUAUGCCAAGUUCGAGAUGAAGAAUGGCGAAAUCGAUCUAGCAAGGAACUGUUACGAGAGGGCCGUGGACAAGUUGGCCGGCGACGAGGAGGAAGCUGAGCAGUUGUUUGUGGCUUUUGCUCAGUUUGAGGAGAAGUUUAAAGAAGCUGACAGAGUCAGGUGUAUUUUCAAAUUCGCACUCGAUCGUCUCCCGAGAGGCAGAGCACAACUCGUAUAUAACAAGUUUGUUGCUUUUGAGAAGCAGUUUGGAGACACAGAGGGAAUUGAGGAUGCUAUUGUCGGGAAGAAAAGAUUCGAGUAUGAGGACCAAGUUAGGAAGAAUCCCCACAAUUAUGAUGCUUGGUUCGAUUAUGUACGGCUGGAAGAAAAUUCUGGUACUAAAGAGAGCGUUAGAGAAGUAUACGAGCGAGCUAUUGCUCAACUUCCCCCAGCCGCUGAGAAACGAUAUUGGCAGCGGUAUAUUUAUCUGUGGAUUAACUACGCUUUCUAUGAGGAGCUUGAAGCUCAAGACAUUGAGCGCGCAAGGGAAGUGUAUGCAUUAUGCUUAAAGUGGAUUCCCCACGAGAGAUUCUCAUUUGCAAAGAUGUGGUUGUUGGCCUCCCAAUUUGAGAUCCGCCAGCUGAAUCUUCCAGCUGCAAGAUUAAUCCUUGGAACAGCAAUUGGAAGGGCCCCUAAAGGCAAGAUCUUUAGGGAGUACAUUAAAAUGGAACUGCAGUUAGGGAACAUGGACCGUUGCCGUAAGCUGUAUGAGAAGUAUAUCGAAUUCUCACCACAGAGUUGCUACGCGUGGAUCAAGUACGCGGAACUUGAAAAAUAUUUAUGCGAAACGAAGCGAGCUAGAUCCAUUUUUCAGCUGGCUAUUGACCAGCCUGCCUUAGACAUGCCUGAGUUGUUGUGGAAGGCAUACAUUGAGUUUGAGAUGUCCGAAGGCGAGUUCGAAAACACCAGAGCGCUCUAUGAGAAGCUCCUGGAACGAACGAAACACCUAAAAGUCUGGUUAAGUUACGCCAGGUUUGAGGCUGAACAAGAAUGUGACCUAGGUGAUGAUGAGCACAAGAAGAAACAACGUCUCCAGAGAGCUAGGCGUGUUUUCGAACGGGCCCUUGAUUACUUCAUCUCUUCUGCUCCGGAACUUAAAGAGGAAAGGGCGAUGCUGUUGGAGGGAUGGUUGGAUGUUGAGAGUUGCUUUGGAGUAGACGGCAACGCUGAUCUCGUGCGCGCUAAGUUGCCAAAGAAACUCAAAAGGAGAAGACGGAUAGAGACCGAGGAUGGCAGUUCGGCGCCUGCAUACGAAGAAUACAUUGAUUACUUCUUCCCGGAUGAAGAAACACAUCACACAAAUACCAAGAUUUUGGAUGCUGCUUACAGAUGGAAAAGGCAGAAACUCAAUGUUCAAGAUGAUGGGAUUUGCAUCUGUUAG